GCAGCAAGUGGGGAAGCUUCAAGAUGGUGAGAUUUGGACUCCAGUUCAAAGCCACUCUGGAGAAUGUCACCAAUGUGAGACCGCUGGGCGACGACUUCCGGUGGUUUCUGAAGCUGAAAUGUGGAAACUGUGGAGAGGUCCCAGAUAAAUGGCAGUAUAUAACCUUAGUGGAGAGUGUGCCACUGAAAGGAGGAAGAGGCAGUGCCAGCAUGGUGCAGAAGUGUAAACUCUGUGCCAGGGAAAAUUCAAUCGAUAUCCUGGGAGACACAAUCACGCCUUAUAAUGCCGAGGACAGCGAACGCUUCAAGACGAUGGUGCAGUUCGAGUGUCGAGGUCUGGAGCCCGUUGACUUCCAGCCGCAAGCUGGUUUUGCUGCACAAGGAGCCGAGUCUGGAACGCAGUUUCCUGAAAUCAACCUACAAGAAAAAGACUGGACAGACUACGACGAGAAAGUCAGCGAGUCGGUGGGGAUAUAUGAGGUCACACACCAGUUCAAAAAAUGCUGAUGUCAUCAUGCGAUGAGCGAAUGAACACUGCAGCUGAACAUCCUCAGUCCUCUUUCCUGGCGUCGAAGGACACUUCAGGUGCUGAGGUGGCGUGGCUUCGUUGGUGAUGAACAUUAAGGGGUUUGUGCGGAUUAACACCACAGGUUGUCAACACACAUCUUGGAUCAGUCAACACGUUCAGGGCUUUUUUCACUGCCUCAAUAAAAUUGAUCGGUGAACAUUUUGA